UAAUUCUCAUGCAAUAACUAAUCAGUAAUCAGUUACUACUGACUCUAGUCACACUGUUCGGUUCGAUUCGGAUGCUUUUGAACGUUAAUUGUUUAUUAAUUUAUUGAUUUACAUUUGAUUUGUGGUUGAAUAAGAAACGAAAGGAAAAAAAAGAAAACUAAAAUUGUAAUUUAAAAUGAGUCUUAGUCGAUUGCGGUUGAUUACAUUCGAUGUCACGGAUACACUUUUGAAAUUCCGCACUAGCCCUGGAAAGCAAUAUGGAGAAAUUGGAGCUAUGUUUGGAGUACGUUGUGAAGAUCAAGAGCUUGCAUUGCAUUUUAAAAAUAGUUGGCGGCGCAUGAACAGAGCUCAUCCAAACUUCGGAAAAUACUCAAAGCUAGGCUGGCAAAAUUGGUGGAUGCAGUUGAUUGAUUCAACUUUUGCGGAAAGUGGUGCAAAAAUCCAACCAGAAAAACUUCCCAAAUUCACAGAAACCCUCUUGGACUUAUACAAGACCAGUGCAGCAUGGCAACAUGCAAACGGAGCCAUAGAACUCCUCAAAUAUCUACGAAUGCAACAACAAUUGGGCACCAAAGAACAAGGCCAACCACCAUUUGCACUCGGUGUCAUCUCGAACUUUGAUCCUCGUCUGGAUGUUUUGUUGCGCAACAUGAAGAUCAAUCAUUUCUUUGACUUCGUAGUGUGUUCGUAUGACGUCAAAGCCGAGAAACCGAGUAAAGAUAUCUUCAAAAUUGCCAUGAAAUACUCUGAAAUGGAGAACCUCAAGCCUGAGGAGUGUCUGCAUGUGGGAGAUACACCGAUAAGUGAUUAUUUGGGUGCCAAGGAUGCCGGCUGGAAUGCUGCACUCAUUCACGAGAAAGAUCCUCCGUAUUUGGUGAACAAGUAUGGCGAGAAGAUUCAGGAUUUCUAUGUGUUCCCAAGUUUGUUCGAUUUUCACAAAAAGCUAUCGAAUAAUUUUAUCACGUGGUAAAGUGAAGGCGGGCCUAGAAUAGGUAUAGGAAAACUUUUGACUGAGAAAUACAAAUUUAUAUUUAAAUAAAGAUUAAAGCUUUAA